UAAUGGUACAUAGAUUUUUUUUGUCAUUGACCCUGGAUUUUGUUACAUGCUGCCCCUUUAGACAUUAAAUAUGUUGAUUUCCAUUUUCAGUCAUUCAAUGGCCACGGUUUGUUAGCAUUUGGUUUUCAUUACAGUCAAUAUUUGUACACUUUUUGCAGCUCUCUGAUUGGUCCACACAAAGCUUCUCUGCAAAAUAAGCGUUUGUGUGUAGAUUUUGUGCCUGUUGAUUGUUUAAAUGUAUUUUGGCGUUAGCAUUAACUUCUUAACUUCCUCGUUCAUGUGUGAUAAGGUGUUGCCUUCACUGGCUUCGCUUCCUUGAAUGUGACAGCCACACCUCCUAAACUGAAAGGGGAUACAAGACUAACCCGCUCUGCUACUUUUCAUAUGAGAUGGCUGCAUUCAAAUUUUAUUUCUACAUGAUAUGGCUUGACCUUCAGAGUGCAAAAGCUUGAGAAAUUUUACUUCUCUUUGUUUUUUAAAAGUCAAUUUCUUGACAGAAAAAGGCCACUGCAACCUUGAACAAGAUGAAACAGACAUGGAGGAAUGGAUAUGCGCAUGAAUCUCCACUGAAUUCACAGCACACUGUUCACAGGAAAAGGAUAAAGUGAGACUGAACCCAACAUUCAUGACAGGGAUGCCUCCUACACCAUCAAGGGUUUAUGAAGAAGAAAAGAUGAUGAGUUUCAAUACUGUCUCUUGAGUGGCUCACUGCUCCUGGUGUCCUGCUGAAAAUCUCCUCAUACUUAUCAUGUUCAUCUCCAUCACCUCCAUCCUGCUUGCCCUGGGAGGAAAAUGUCUGCUCAACUGGGUCUUGGUGUUUUUCCAGAAGCAGCACGCCAGCAGAAGCUUCCUGGGAGUUUUCAGUGUCUUUCUGGCUGUUGUUGAUGCAGCCCUGACCCUCACUGUCACCACCAUUCACAUCUGCAGUGAUGAAGUCAUCAUUGUCCUUGGUUACCUGCUGACCAGCUACCAUAUAUGUUUGCUAAUACAAAUCAUGGGACAAGUCCACAGAGUGCUGCAUUGGCCAGUUGCAGUCAUAGCUGCUUUGGACCAUUUCUGCACUGUGACUCAGAGAUUGGAUGCAGCCACUCACAGGGCAAAAUGGCUUGUCUAUUUAUCUGUGACUUUCUUCCUGUGGUGUCUUGCUGCUUUCUAUAUCUUCCUGUUGUCUGACUUCAUUCCCAUCUUGGAGAAUGUUACCUACCACCACAUAGACAGGUGCUGGGUUUUCCCCUCCUCACAAAUCCUACAUAUAGCUCUGCUGCUGCUCAUCAUUCUGGGCUGCACUGCACUGCAUGCUGGACGUCCUGUGAUGCUCAGGCAUCAACUGCCAUCACUGAACAAUCCACAAAAAAAACUAACCGUAGACCAAAGUCAAACUCACUCCAGGAGACGUUUUGUUUCACAAGCCCUGUGUAGAUUUCUCCACACAUGGACCUUCUUCCUGGUUUUCCUGGCUGUGCUCCUUCUUCUGCCCAUGGGAAUACCUUCAUACCUGGACCUGAAUGUCGCCUGGCUCUGCUUCCUCAACAGCCUUUUGAUUGUACUUGUUUUCUGUGCAGUCUGUCCGGCCUCACAGCUAUUACAGGAAUUGGUAGAAGUUCCUCCAGACAGCUUCUGUCAGUGGAAAACUUAGUUUAGUUAAUUUUAGACUGACUGCUGAGGAAAAGAAACGAUAUAGGACACAAGUAAGAGAAACUGAGCCUUGAGUGCCUUGUUCAUAAAAUACAUUACUGUACAAAAAUCUUGAGCCAUUAUACUCUUUAAAAUUGCUUAUGCAUUUAUUUAUUCAGUGUAAUGGCAGAAGGCUGGUUACCACCAUCAUCUCACAGUAAGAAGAUUUUUGGCCUAAACCUUGGCUAGGACCUUGAUUUGUAGUAUGUGAGGGUUCUCUCUAGGCACCUUUGUUUCUUUCUACAUUCCUAACACGUUCGAUUAGAUAUUGACUAUAAAUUCAUAAAUGGGUGAGAUGGACCCGGCAUUUUGCUUGAUCUGAAGCUCUCCACAAGUGGUUCUUGGCUCUUCUGACAAUUCUUUUAACUCCUCUGCUAGGAAUCUUGCGAGCAGCACCUGAUCGUAUCUGUUUUAUGGUGAAAUUAAGUUCUUUCCACUUCCAUAUUAUGGCUCCGACAGUGGUCACUAGAACUUUCCCAGUUUAGAAAUGCUUCUGUAACCAAUGCCAUCAGUAUGUUUUGCAACAAUAAGGUUGCCAUGAACUUGAGAGUGCUGUUUGCUUUUACCUAUCAUGAGAUGUUUCUUGGCAGUGAUACACCUUUUAGAGGCCAUCAGUUGGGACUGAACCAGAUGAUAUUAAUUUACACAGAGGGGCAGGAUUGCUUUCUAAUAGAUUUCAGCUGGCUUUCCGCGCCUUUUUGUACCUCCCUUUUUUCAUGUGUUCAAUACUUUUUUUUCCCUGUCAUUCCAUUUUAUUACAGAAAAACUAAAUAAUUCCUGGACAUCUAACUUUUGAUUUCUUUGCAUGUGUGGAUUGCAUUGGUUGGUACCGACAUCUGGUGAAAGUUUCAUGUCAAAAGCACCUUUAGAAAUAUGUUAACUGAGGAAAACAGGGAUGUGUUUAAUGCUUAAUUUACCUGAGAUAUAUAUAUCUUUAUCAAAUUAAAAUACUUCCCUCAGGAUAUAUUUAAAGAUAAUUAUUAAACUAUGAUUUGGAGUAUGAUGUGUCAGAAAGUCUCAAUAAUGUUGUAAAGCAACCCUUAACUGACGAUUCAGAUUACCAUCAUGCAGGAAAUCUUUAUAUCUGAGUUACUUUUUAUUUAUUAUCAGUCAUGCUUCCAUGUAAGUUUAUUUAAAAAUCUGUUUAUAAUCUUAUGUAGUUCAGAUGAGAUUAGAGGGCCGACUGGGUCCCUUAAAUAAAUGUCAGCACUGUGAGACAUUUAUUAUCGAUAAGGGAAUUCAAUGAGAACAAUCAGAAACAAGAAAAACUAAAGACAACACCAGCUUUGACACUACAGAACUUUACUUGAAUUUGAUCCAAGUUUCUUUUCUAUACAGGGUUUAUUUACAAGAUCUGAAAUCUGAGGG